UUUCAUCCACAAAAAAGUAUGAAUGGUUUUGAAAACAUGAAUUCAAGCUCCGAAAAUUGUGCAUCUAUGGCUAAUAAUUCUUCUCCCACCGACGCUUCUAGCAAGAAGAUUCGGAAACCAUACACCAUAACCAAAUCUAGAGAAAGUUGGACUGAAGAAGAACACGACAAGUUCCUUGAAGCUCUUCAACUGUUUGACCGUGAUUGGAAGAAAAUUGAGGAUUUCGUAGGCUCAAAGACAGUAAUUCAGAUUCGCAGUCAUGCACAAAAAUACUUCUUGAAGGUCCAGAAGAAUGGUUCAAUAGCACAUGUGCCACCACCUCGGCCCAAGCGUAAAGCAGCUCAUCCUUAUCCCCAAAAGGCAUCAAAAAAUGUGUUAGUACCGUUGCAAGCAUCCAUGGGUUACCCUUCUUCAAUGAAUUCCCUUCCACCUGGAUAUCCGUUAUGGGAUGACGUGUCUGUACUUAUAAAUUCUCCGUCAGGCGGAGUAAUGCCAUCACAAGAUGAAUACCAUCUUCAAAGAAUUCAGGGUACAACUGAUAUUGGAUCAAAGGGAGCUACAUUGAUUAGUAACAGCAGUAUGAGUGGCAUUAGAAGUUCCAACAGAACGGCGCCGAGUUCUGAACUCCCAGACCAGAGUAAUCUAGGUUCUGUUCCUCAUGGCAUACCGGACUUUGCAGAAGUCUAUAGCUUUAUUGGGAGUGUCUUUGAUCCAGACACUAGAGGUCAUGUACAGAAGCUGAAGGAGAUGGACCCUAUUAAUUUCGAAACUGUUUUGAUGUUGAUGCGAAAUCUUACAAUGAACUUAUCCAACCCGGACUUUGAGUCCAUUAAAAAUGUAUUGUCAACGUAUGAUCUCAGUUCAAAAGUUGUCGGUCUUCCUACAGGUGGUGCUGUCAAUAACCGCAAUGAUCUAUCAUGUCAAACCAUAUGAUAGAAACUCUAGUUACUACACGUAUUUGUCUGUAAGACUCUCCAAUCGUGCAUCUAAGAGCUGAUAAUUCUUCAUCUCUGAAAGAGUCUCAGAGUCGUGCCUACGGAUAAGAGCAUCUUCAUCUGGUUUUCCGCUUUAUGCUCAGUGGUAACUGGUCAUGGAAGAUGUUUCAUUUCGAAGUUGAGCUUAGCUCUAGGUUCUUUUUCUUUUCUUCCUUGAAAUGUAUAUCACCUCAAUUUUGUGUAGUGUAAUAUUUGGAGUUUGUGUAAAACUUGUAGCUUUAAUAGGAAUAAUAUAACAAGGAAAAAGUUCUUUGUA